UGAAUUCUGCAAGUGGCCAUGUGAGUGCCCGCUGUCGCUGCCUCGCUGCCCGCUGGGGGUCAGCCUGGUCACGGAUGGCUGUGAAUGCUGUAAGAUAUGUGCCCAGCAGCUGGGGGACAACUGCACCGAGGCCGCCGUCUGCGAUCCCCACCGGGGCCUCUACUGCGACUACAGCAGGGACAGCCCGAGUUUAUAAUCAGCUUUCUUUUUCUUUGCUCUUGCUCUUCAUAGUAUCUUUGUGUUUGGAGGGAAGGUUGGUUUUACCUUCAAGUGCUCCAUCCUGACCAUGCUGUCCUUUUUUGUUAUUGAGACCUCCUUUUGGGGCCGUCUGACCUCCUGCUUCUAUCUGGACAUAUACUUUCUUAGUUCAAAUCCUCUAAGCAUUACCAAAGUUACAUAACAUAGCACGAUGAAGAGAGAUAAUAAGGCAUCGUGAUGCAGCAGCCUAACUUCUGCAAAGUUCCACAAAGUCUCAUAAAACAAAGAACUCCCUUCUUCCCUAGUGCUAAACUGAGAAUUCCCCCAACUGUGACUUCAUACACACUCCAUUAGACAUUCACGAAGUACAGUGUCUGAUGCUCAGCUAACACAUAUUUCCUGAAGUGGGUUGCUGACGAGGGUUCUGAACAUAAUUCCAAGUCAGACAACCCCAUCUGAGCAUCAUGGUUAAUUUAUGCCACUCUCUUCUCUUUUAUCAUUGGUUCAUCUUUCAACAUUCACACCAAGUCACGUGUCUUUGGUUUUGCAAGUAUUUGCUCUGCUUUACCUAUCCUGCAAGCUUUCUCCUUUUACUUAGACUAUUACUGGAAAAUAAUGUAUUCCAAGAGAACUUGGAAGAUUACCUGCAUGGAACCUUCUGAUGUGUUGAUUGAAACUGUCACUCCCGAGUCCUAGCCAGACUUUCUGCAUCAGGUCCUCUGGAAGCAAGGAUGGGAAGCUGUACCUUCAGUGAGGUUCCCAGGUGAUUGUCAUGCAUGCUGCAGCUCUAGACCAACUGCUGAUACACACUGUCCGUCACUGACCCUUUCUCGUAGCUCAAGUGGGACAACUGGCCCAACCUCACUCCUGGCGCUAGAACCACUCCCGUUAGAGGAGAUCAUCUCAUAAUUCUUUCCCAUUUGACAGCUGUUCUUCGAGCUCAUUCAGUGGUAAUUCCAUUCACUGUGACUAUGCUAACCUCUAAAUCUGUACAAGAUCUCAUCACUUACUGGGCAUGGCACCUUUAUAGAUUCUCUCGUGGAUCCAGAGGCUGUCUGUCUGGUUUGCCUGGAAAACCUCCUCCCCAUCCUGUCAUCCAUGUGCCUUUGCAGCUCAGGUUGUGCCUUCACCCCCUACAGCUCUUUAGCUCUUUACCCACCACGAGUCUCUAUUUAUUUCCAUUUAUUCAGGAAAACAAACACUGUGGUCUCAAGAAGAUUUUAGUGAGUUUUACAUGUGCCAAGGGCUCCCUGAUCACAGAGUAUGCAGUGGGUUGAACUUAAACAGGUGCUUCAGAGCUUCUCAGAGGCUCACAGUGGUCAUGUCUACCUGCUGUCAUGCUCCAAAAGGCCUAUCAUGAGGCCUUCUCAUUUCAAACUUAUUUGAACACUAAAUCCUUUUGUCUAGGUACAUUCUUCCUCACCCACUUUGACACACACACACACACACACACACACAAUUCAAAAUUGUUCUACUGAAACUUUUCCUAAAAAUACUGACAUAGCAUCGGAGUUUGUGAGACCCUAGUGCAAGAAAGAAGAGAGGUCAGGAUCUGAUCUUAUAGAGAAGGAGAUAACUCUGAGCCAGAGAUUAAAGAGAAAGAAUCGUCCCCCUAACAGACAACCUUUCUGUGAAUGGGUAUUCAGCUAAUGGACAGUCCCCGGGACAAGCUACAUCUGUCUUUGAAAAUUUGCAGGUAAUUAGGGCAGGACAAGGCAGGUGAUAAAAAUGACUGAUUGCAACUCGGGCACAUCUCACUCAGAGAGGUCGGAGCGGGUGGUGGAAAGCUAGCACAUACGAGCUCUGGCUAUCACAGGCCACCCUCCUGGGGGCCCCUCCACGCUGGCCAAGAACAGUGAGCUUGCUUCUGUCCGGUCCUCUCAGUCUCCAAGAGAAUCCAGAAAUCUAGACUUGUGCGUGACUUGUAAAUGUUGGCAAUAAAUUUGAAACAGUUUUUUGAAACACUCUGUGGGCCAAACUAAAUACAUCCAAAGGGCAGGGAGCAAACUCAGUCCGGCUGCGUGGCUAUUUCUGCAGCGCAAACAUUACAUCUAAUGCAGCCGGGUCAGGUCUGAGGGCAGAAUGGUUUGCUAGAAGGAUGGUGACAUUUACAGGCACACAGACUGGGCUUUUCAAUCUUGGCUCUGGCACUUGCUAGCUACGUGACUGUGAGCACAACCCUCACCCACCCUCGUGUGAGCUGAGCAAUAAAGAAGGGAGUACAACUAAACAACAAAUCAAAACAUGGCGUUCAGUGCUGUGGGUUAGAGUUUUCUUUGUUUUAACUUUCCUUUGCUGAAGUCUUCUCUGCCUUCUGAAUUGUCAGCCUCAGAGGAGGGGCAAAUCCAUUGCCAGGCCCAGUCCCACAGUCUGGUGUCAGGGACCAGUAAACCCAGGCAUGGUCUUCCAGGCAACCUGAGUUGGAAUCCCUGCAUCACGAUAAUCAGUACCAUGACUUGAGGCAAGAUGCUCAACCACAUAAGCCUCAGUUUCUUCAUCGAGGACAGUGUGAGAAAUGUCUAGGUUGUCAGGAUGCCGAAUGCCUGUACACAGUAAGUGCUCAGUAAAGAUCAGUAAGUGCUCAGACAGUAACCCACACACAUCUAUCCAGGCAUCCAUCCACCCACUGAGUUAUUCCCAUAGAGAACACAGCUGAGUGACGAGCUCAGGAUGGAGGUACAGCAGGGCCUGCCCACUGGCCUGUCCUACUGGGCUGGGCGUCCACAGGUGUGGGCAAAGGGAGUGAAGGCCCCAGGGAAGGGGCAAGUUGCCUUGAGUUCCUGGAAGCCUCUCAGUGAGAGGAAAGCAAGCUAAGCCACACCUGCAUGCGAAAGGCAGAUGGGCAGGAAGUGGCUGCUUCACUGCCUCACCAGGAACUGGUCCUUUGUUAGGCAGGAGAAAAGUGAAUGAGGAGGGACAUCGAGCCUGCUCAUGGGGCCGUUCACAGCCAUCACACACUUACUGCUCCCUGGCCUUUUCGGGGCAGACUUUCCAUGGCCAGCGGCUGCCACCCCCACCCCCCAGUCCCCACCCAAGACUCCAAGCAGAGCAUGGCAUCUUCUAGGCACAGUGCUUCUCGACCUUGGCUGCAAACCAGAUUCAUCUGGGGAUUCAAAAAACACCGAGGCUGAGAAAAGAAAAUGCCCUCAUGUUCUGGGGCAUGGUCUGGGCAUCAGAUUCUCAAAGGCUCCUCUGCUGGUUCUUCUGAGAAUCCCUGAGUCACUGGUUCCAGGUUCCCAAUACCAUUUCCCUGCUGUCUCCACACAUGAGGGUGGAACCAAGGCUUUGCCCUCCCUGGCCUGCCCCUAACCACCAAUACACAUUUGCAUAUGCGCAGUGUCACACAUGUGCGUGCAGGCACCACACAAACUCACACAUCCUCCCCCAGUAAGAGGAUGUGGUCAGUGGUGAUGCAGAACACACUGCAGUGUGAUUUGCUCCUGUUUCCUCCUCUUCAGCUUGCUCUUUCUUUCUUUCCUUUUGCUUUUCCCCAUUUCCCUCCUCAUCUGAUGCCCCAUGGAAGGACAGAGCCUGUGGUGUCAGAUCCCCUGGGCUGGAGUCCCAGCUCUGUCAUUCGCCAGCUUGACAACCUUGAGCAAAUGAAUCACUUAGCCCCUCAGACCUUCCCUGUCUGCCAAAUGAAGACAAUAAAACUCUCCUUAUGAGGUCCUGGGGGACCUGAGAGAGCUCAUGGACCAAGCGGUGCUGGGCAUAAGACCAGGUGGUCAGUAGGCACUGGCACCUGCCCUUCUGUACCUCCUUCUGGGCUAGCUCCGCUCCAGGAUGAACAAUAGCUGGACCAAGGUGCAUGCACGCUGCCCCCGGCCACUCACUGUGGUCACAUCGGAUGACCACACUUGACUUCACCUUGCUGAGCUUUAGUUUUGCAUAUGAAGGUGAUAAGGGAUUUCCAUCUAGAAUGAGAUAAGCACUAAGAAUGAUGCAGAGGAGUCCCUGAGAAGUAGUAGGGACAACCUGCACUCCUGACAGAUUUUAGGGUGAAAGUUAGGAAUCACCUCUGUGGGCAAAUCCAGAGGGCAGGGCAGAACUACAGGCAGACUGAAGAUCCCGAACUGCCCCUCCUCUGGCUGGGCACCUUGCUGCCCAGAGGCUGUCUGUGCCUCCAGGUGCUCUGUUUAUGAUACCACAUGGCAUUAAAAGUUACUUAUGGCCCAGCAGCCCCCCCAACCCUCCCAGAGACUCCAUGUUUACAUGAGCACCCCUCAGGGCCACUCGGUGGUUGUCACCCUGGUGUCGCACAGCUAAUGAUGGGCCCUUGGGUCUGCCUAACCCAAAUGCUGCUCCUCGGGUGACAGCAUUGCUCCCCUCCUGCAGAGCCAGGAGUCCUUUACCCUUCGACCCUCCAUCGCAAGUCCUGGCAGCUUUCUUCCAAAUGCAGUCAGAAGCCAAGCCCUCCAUCCAUAGCUGUGGGUCCUCCCUGGCCCCAGCUGGGAUACCGUGGUGGCCUCCAGAUGUUGCCCUUGGCCUCUCUCAGUUAUCCUCUACGGCACCAAGAGUAUUUUUAUGAAGCACAAUUCUGUCAUUGUUUCAAAUUAUUACUUAAUGAGCACUUGCUUUGUUCCCAGUAAGGUGCUAGGCUCUAACAGCUUUGCAUCCCUGAGCCAAGAGGAAGCCAUUUUGGCAUCACGCCUGCUUCUCUCUUUCCUCCCCUGCCUCUCCCACCUGCAACUGCAACCUUCACACCUGUGAUUGGUACCCUCCCCCAGCACCUGGCAGGUUUACUUCCUUUUUCCUGGUCUUUGGGGAGGGGAGCAUCCUGAUGUCAGUGAGGCUUCCUGCAUCUGCCCCCCAUUCCCAGCUGCACCCCUGCUCCACUUUUCCUAGACGAGUGUCACCAGUGACUGUCACCAUUGACACUCUGUGUGAUCGCUUUGGAUGUCUUCUCUGUGCCACUCCCACAGCAACACAUGCUCCAAGGAUGGAGCUGCUACGUCCCAGCACCGGUACCCUAGGUCACUAAGCCCUGAGAGGAGGCCAUGUGGGUUUUGGUGUCCUGGCUUGUUUACAUGUCUGCCCUCCUUGGAACGUGAGCCCUCUGGGCAGGCAUGUGUCAGCACCAGGCUUUGUGCCGAGGACACCCUAGGGAACAAGCUUCCUGGGUGUCUGGCCUGGAUGCUGUCCUUGCAGGGCUGCCUAACCAAACGAUGGGUGCUGCCUAUGUUUGCAGAGGUGGUAGGCGUGGGCUGCGUCUUGGAUGGGGUGCGCUACAGCAACGGAGAGUCUUUCCAGCCUAGCUGCAGGUACAACUGCACGUGCAUUGGCGGUGCAGUGGGAUGCACGCCACUGUGCCUCCGUGCACGCCCUCCGCGUCUCUGGUGCCACCAGCCCCGACGGGUGAGAGUGCCAGGCCAGUGCUGUGAACAGUGGGUGUGUGAAGAUGACGCCCGGAGACCUCGACAGACCGUGCUGGGUGACACCGCAGCCCUGGCAGCCGUAAGUGACGUGGAACCCUGGCACGGGAACUGUCUACCCUACACCAGCCCAUGGAGUCCCUGCUCCACUAGCUGUGGUCUAGGCAUCUCCACUCGGGUCUCCAAUGCCAAUGCCCAGUGCUGGCCUGAGCAGGAAAGCCGCCUGUGCAACCUUCGGCCGUGCGACGUGGACAUCCGCCCACACAUCAAGGAAGGGAAGAAGUGUCUGGCUGUGUUCCAGCCAGAGGCGCCCAUGAACUUCACUCUUGCGGGCUGCGUCAGCACCCGCACCUACCGACCCAAGUACUGUGGAGUGUGCAUGGACAACAGGUGCUGCAUCCCCUACAAGUCCAAGACCAUCGAGGUGUCCUUCCAGUGUCCUGAGGGGCCUGGUUUCUCCCGCAAGGUCCUGUGGAUCAAUGCUUGCUUCUGCAACCUGACCUGCAGGAAUCCUAAUGAUAUCUUUGCUGACUUGGAACUCUACCCUGAGAUCUCAGAAAUUGCCAACUAGUGGGGUGCAAAUCAUGGGGUUCAGGACCUGGCUAAAUGCUCUAAACCAGCCAGCACUCUGAGGCCAAUAACGUCACAAUUGAGCCUUCUUUGGUCUAGUGCUUACCCACUUCUAAAAACUCCGAUCUGGACCUUCAGCCUUCUGUCCUGUCUUCCACCACCUAGAUGAUCCAUGAUGGUGCUGCUCAGGUCCAAACAAUAGGUGCCCCUGUGGGUGGUAUUUUGCAUCACACCAAAGAAAGUGCUGGUUUCUAGCUGUUUGGAUGAAAGCAAUCUCACCCUUGCUGAGUCAUUGGAAGGCCUGCUGGAUCUUGUCCAGGUCCCAAGGAGUGGACCCAGCUAGAUAAUCCAGUAUCACAGAUUCUUUCUCUAGUGGCCAACUCCAAGGAGCCCUUAGGUCCAUAUAGGAGGACGGAUGGGAUUGGGGACAAUGGAAGCUUUUACCUGGGCCCUUUCACAUAGUAUUCUGAAGGGCAUUUCUGUCCGUAGUACAUAAAAGGAGCUUUGAUUCCAGAUUUCUGUACCACAGCAACACCAGACAUUUGUCAAGUGAGGUGAAUAGUUGUUUGGUUUUGAUGCUCAGUGAAGAGUUGUAUUUGUCAACCUGGACAUUGCUGAGGUUCAAUUUAUUUUCACUCCUGCACUGAGAAGGAUUCAAACUGGGUUCAUCUCAGUCAGAAAUGUGAUUUGAGAAAUUUUACUUUUGUCCAUGGGGGAAGCGCCCAGUCAAUAGUGCAGGGUCACAGCAAGGUCAGCCAGUUUCAGAAGCAUAACGGACCAAGGAACUCAUCGGCUGCUGACUGGCAUUUUCAUGGGCACUGGCCGGGAUCUUCCUUGCAUACUGACCCUCUUUCUGCCCAGGGCACUUUGAAACUGGUGGAGCCCCCUUUGUGCCCGACAGUGGUGUCCUAGAAGGUACUUCUCUCUUACGGUCCUUGAUAUCCUCUGAAGAGUCCUCUGAAGUCCAAACCAGACCUAUUGGGUCAGGUAUGGGUCAAACCAAGAACGGGUCCACACUGCAUUAGCCUGAGGUGGCUUCUAGGGAGGGAGGUUGUAAGACCAUGAGGUCCCUGAACCCAGGACUCAUCUCUUUAUGAUGCAGGGACCUACUUCAUACACCUUGGGUUGGCGGAUCAAAACAAUUCAAUUUUCUGGUCUGAAGACAGAAGCUGAGCAGUUGCUUAGAUAUGGAAAUACAUUCAAUAGAGGUAAAAGCCAAAAAAGAAUUGAAAGCUAACAACAAAAAAAGAGAAGGUAGUUAUAAAUGGAAAUGAAACUCUUAUUUAUUUCAUUACUAGGAUAUGUUACUGUCAUAGUCUUUGAUUCAUUAUCUUCUCUGUACAUGGUUCUCCGUGCUUUCCAUACACUUGCUUAUUGAAUCUUCAUGAUAAUAUUGAGAAGUUCUCGUUAUCAUUUCUAGUCUUACAAAUGUGAAAUGGAAGCUCAGAAAUGCAAAGAAAAACUUGACUGGAGCCACCCACCUGGUAAACGAGGGAACUGGAAUUCAAGUCCAAAUGGGACUGACCUCAUAAUUCAUAUUUUUCCUGAGCUUUCAAAUGUGCUGGAAUAGCCAAACAGUGAAAUAAGCAACUUCUUGCUAUUAUUUUUUGCUUUUAUUAUUGUCUUUCUAGAUUUUAUUCCAAAAGAAGUGUCUGAUUUUCCAAUGACUUAGGCACUUAAGCAUCCCCCAAAAGUAGGAUAGACAAAAAUUAUGCAUUCCUUAAGAUUAUCCCCUCCUUCAAAUAAGAACCACCUCGGAUCAUGCAUUUAUAAGUGAUUGCAUUUACUCAGCACUGUGUACUGGGCUGAUAUGCAGUUACUCAUGAGGAAAUUGCAUGCAGCCUGCAGAGGGUUUCUUCAACAGAAAAAGGAAUCAGGAAUUUGCCCUCCUUACUCUGACCUCCCAAAGGCCUAGCACAGUGCAAGGCAUUCAGUGGUGCUCAAUAUGUAUUUGAAAAAUAAAAUAAGUUGUACAUAUGUUUCUACCUUUAUUUAGAAGCUCUCUUCUUGAAGUUGUGUUAAAAUCUAAUUUUUAUCAGUGAAAAUCUUAUAUUAAGCACCAUAGAAGCAACAAUAUUUUAAAGAAAUGUAUAUUCGUGUAUGUACAAAAAUUCUCAUGUAAAGAGAACUUACUCCAUCCAUCAUCUCUGUUGAGUCUUGUUGGAUUUUCUUGGAAGAGAAAUACCUACCAUCUACAAGGCUAGAUAACAGCUAACCCCAUAUGAGAUUCGGAAGAACUCCAAGAGUCAGGUUCUAAAUAAUUUUUUUUUCCCACUUGGGAAACUGAGCAUAGCUUCCAAGAGCUUAGGAAACCUGGCUGGAGGAGUUGGGGGGUUAUCUUGGAAUAGCAAGACGGGGUGGCCAGUGUCAUUAAGUUACUGCUGGUUUUGAGAAGUGGAUCUGACCCAUGCAGGUCCAAAGAGAAUAUCUUUGAACAAUGUGUUGAAGUCAUACGGAAGGGUACUUAGGCCCUUCCUUGAACAAGCUCUUUCUAAUAGAAUUAUGCUGCCAUGAUGAGUGCCCCAACACAAGAAACAUUAAGAAUGAUGAUACUGAAACUCGUUUCCAUUUAUUGAGUCUUUAGCUAGUGCCAACCACUAUGCUAUAUUUUGCAUUAUCUCUCCAUGUAUUGCACCCAUGUUGACUACACAUGCCUUCCCUUUUCUAUAUGGAAACUCUGAGAUUUGAAGGGACUGAGAAUUUGGGACUCAAAUCCAAGCUCAAUUUAUUCUACCUUGCCCUUGGGGUGGCCCUCAGGUAGAACCUGGAUGACUCCUCUGAGACUGUCUCUGGCAAGGCUUCAAAGAGACCAAGGACUUGGGCUCCCUUGAGACUCUGUUCUGGGAUGAAGGAGAGGCUCGCUAUGGAUUAUUUAAUCUUCAGAGAAAAAAAUUCAUGCUCACACCAUCAGCAAAUUUCCCUCGGGUACUUAGCUGAGAGAGGAAGGGAGUCCUGAACUCACUAAACCACUGAUUUCUGCUAAACCCUGUGAUAAGGGUUCAGGGGCCUUUGGCCCAUGCCAGGCCUGCUGCUAGGAGCUUUAUUGCCAUAUCUCAUUUCAGCUUCACAGUGAACCCAGGACAUGUGGCAUUAUCAUGGUCCUUAGAGAGAAGAUAGCUGAGUCUCACAGAAUCAAGUAAUUUGCUUGAAGUCUUAUCAGCCAGAGAAGACCAGACCAGAACAGCAAACCUAUCUGACACCUGAGCCAUCUCUCCUGGGACUAAGCCUAGUUAUCCUGCCCCUGAAUCACAGGAAGACUUUACAGGAAAUGUUUCAUUGACAAUAGCUUCAAUUUCAGUUUUGAAGGCAAUUUGGAGAGUGAUUAAAAAAAGUAGAUUCAAAUAGCAUGAUUGUCUAUACUCUGAUAUAAUCGUACGUAUGUGUAAGGAUUGUGGAGAAGUAAUGCAUCCUGGGACUCUUAUGUUGAAUGAUAUCACUGCUUUUUAAGGACUUGUUUUGAUCCAAAAUAAUCACAAUGAUAGCCCUGCAUAGCUGGGAAUCAUGAAUGGUCAUAACAAUUAAUUAGGUAUUCCCACACAACAUAUGUGUGUAUGUAUAUGUAUGUAUGUAUCUAUUUUCAAAAUGUGACUUAAUA